AUGGCAUCCAGCCACUGGAACGAAACCACUACCUCUGUUUAUCAGUAUCUUGGCUUUCAAGUUCAGAAGAUCUACCCUUUCCAUGAUAACUGGAACACUGCCUGCUUUGUUAUCCUGCUGUUAUUUAUAUUUACAGUAGUGUCUUUGGUGGUGCUAGCUUUCCUUUAUGAAGUACUUGACUGCUGCUGCUGUGCAAAAAACAAAACCGUCAAAGAUUUCAAACACGAACCUAACCCUCUCAGGAGCAUGAUGAAUAACAUCAGGAAGAGGGAAACGGAAGUAGUGUGA